AUAUAUAACGCUUUGGGGUAAUGCUAUGGAGUUGUACCAUUGCCCCUCAUAUAUUAACACUAUACUUAAAAAUAAUAUAGCAAAACAUACGAAGAGUAGUUUCGCGAUUUGUGCUGCAGCUGCUAUUUUAGCGAUUCGCAAACAUGCAGGGUUAAAUGAGACAGUUUAAAAAUAAACUUCCAAAGUUCGGCAAUAAGUACCUGCAAAGCUUUAUGUGAGGUAAAGUGGGACACCAAGUUUAAAAUAUUAAUAGUAUUCUGCAACUUGUGGGUAAUCCAACAAAUCAAAUUGGCUGUUCUAGUUUUUUUGCAUCAUAACUUUAUCUAUUGUUCCUAGCCAUAGUUUAAGGCAAAUUGACCCCGCUUAGUUUUCUCAUGUUUAUAAACCAUUUUUCCCGAAAAAAACUAAAACAAAUUUUAUCAAAUAAAACUGUACGAAUUUUGUUUUUUUUUAAACUACGAUACUUGAUUGAUGUUUGAAACUCGAGAACUACAUGCACAAUUUGGGCAGUUUUCUUAGCAAAUAUUUAAGACCAGCACCGUACUUUUUUCACCCAUUGAAACAAUACUGUUUUUAUUUAACAUUUUUAAUAGUAAAACAGUAGUUGGCUUUGGCGCCCGCUAUUGAUAGUUGUGCGAAUAUAACUUUCGAAUAAACCUGUAACAUUUUUUGUUUUGUGUCCCACUUUACCCCACCCUACUAUACAUUUCGCCUUGGGUGACUGCACGCUACUUGUGAUACAGAAAUGUCCAUGUGAUAGAUUUACCCCAUAUGAGCGUAGUUUUCAUUUGGUGUUACUCUCAGAAUGCUACAAUUAUAAUAUAGUUGAUAAUAUGAUAUGACUUUAAUAUCCAGCAAACGUUUACCCUUGUUGACAUUCCCAUGUAUUAUCUUCAGUCGGUGACAUUAGUAACAUAACACCGAAAAUUUUUCUUUGUCUCUUUCCGUUAAGCUCCUUUGAAGAAGCCGAGAAUAAACCAUGUUUAUUUUGCGACGCGAGACUGCGGUAAAAACUACCUGUUUCGUCUCUGCUGAUAAACAGUGGCCUGAGUAAACUAUGUUUCAGUUUCGUUUGCCUGUUACUAUAGACACACAGCGAAGGAUAAAUAUAUACUAAGCGUUCCGUUUGUUUACAUUAAACAGAGAGUUAAAACAAGUACAAGUAUCGGGUAACAGGUGCCAAGCCAAAAGACUUUAAAGAUCUGAAUAAAGGCUAUAUGUUCUGAUUUCUUUGUGUUAUAGUUUACCCAAAACAUUUGGGCUUUGUAAGGCGUUAUAAAAAUUAACACAUGACGUCACUGUGCUUGACAAAGGCCCAUAUCACCAAAAGUAGAGUGAAAGGACGGAUUGGUGCAAGUAAAGACGAUGAGCAGGUCACUGGUGGUCACAAUAUUGCUUACGUAGCCAACGUUGGUGAAACAGAGCAUAAAUUGAGAAGAAAGUCGCAGCAGCUUGACACCGUUGGAGCAUCAACGAAUGUGACCAAACCGAAAGAAUUGAACAGCAUGAGUAGCAGUGUAGCUUACUUACCACGGGUAGAAAAUAAACCGAAAGCAUGUUAUAGAAACCGGUACAGUACGUCAGUUCUUGAUACAAAAGGUGAUUUCUAUCGAGUUCAUAAGUGGCGGUUACGGAGUGGCUCUGGAUGGCAAAAUGACGUCACCGAAAGACAAAGAUCACUCCAGCAAAGAUUGGGCACUCGACAGUCAAUUGACAAUACAAAAGUUGCAAAGAACUUGCAUUUAACACAGCUUAGUCAAUCUUACAUUACAAACAGGGUGGAUAAGAAUACGAAAUACAAAGGAACCUUGCAAGAAAAGGAACAACAAUUUUGCUCGAAUAUGAAAAUGAAGCGCCAAUAUAAACUAGGACGAGUUCGUCCCACUCGUCAAACUUUACUUGGAAACCUACGUCAUUCCAUGCAUGAACAACUGGCAGGAUCUGACCACUUGGUCCAUUUGAAAACUCGAGAAAAAUACCUCGAAGACCAAUCAACGUUUGAAAACGACGGCGUUGAAAGCGCGCGUUACAUGACAAAUUUGCCAAGACGAUAUUCUAAACUUCCAGCGAUUACUAGAAUAUCAUCGCUUACUCAUCAUCCGAGGACUUUACAAAACAAAUCUAAAAUAACGACAGAACAUGGCUUUUCGCCAUCUAUACUAAUUAGACACGAUGAUACUCAAAAUAUCGACGCGGGUAGAAGAAAUACAAUGACUGAAAUGUCCGAUAAUUUUUCUGAGAAUCAAUCAAAACCUUCAAACAAAAAAUUGUCGAUUUCGUUUUCGCGAGAUUCGUUUCAACUCGAUUCACAAGAAGGCGGGGUAUUGGACACACCUGAUAAUUUAUCUACCAGAAGGUACAGCUAUGCUAAACAAAAGGCAAGAGCGUUAAGGACGAGAAGCAAAACGGAAAGCAACAGUCCUCAGUUUUACCCGCAAAUCAAGCAAGUGCACCAGCAGCAUCGUUCCAAUAUCAGUAAAUGGCGGACAGCAGCACGACUCUCUGUGUGGUUAGCCAGAUUGUGCAAAGCCCACAGUGUAACUGUAGACGACAGCUACAAUAUACAACAAGGGUUUUCAAAUCAUGAAGAUACGUCAUCACACGAAACAAAGAAAGAUAUACUUUUUGACGUAACAAAUUAUAAAAUGAAAAAUCAGUACCGUCUCUCUGAUUCAACGCGAAAGAUUUUAAACACCCCUUCACCAACAAGAACAUCCAAAGAUAUUAACCAGGUUAAAACAGCAUUACGAAACAUUAAAGCAAUUUCCGAUUACUCGGAAUCUGUGCAACACCAGAUAGCUCGAUGUGGGUAUUUUGCCGGGUUUAUGGGAAAGCGUGUGGUAGUAAGAGAAGGCCGAAAACCUCUCAACUAUUUCGUUCUUCUUGCUGGAUCAGCUGUUGUGAUCAAAACCGACGAAUUUGGAAAUACAAGCCCGGUGCUUUUCUUGCAAAAGGGAGAUGUGUUUGGGGAACACGAAAUAUUGGAAGGAAUUAAUUGGCGAUGGAACGUAGCAACGGUUGGAUAUUGUGAGUUCCUUGUUCUUGGUAAAGAUGAUUAUAAGAAGAUAUUUAUUGAGGGAGGAGGUGGGGGGAUACUUUCUGAUCCUGACAGGGGAGAAUUUCUACGGUCUAUAUCGCUCUUGAAAAAAUGGCCAAGGGAGUUAUUGAACGAAAACCCGAACCGUUGCUUGUUUCGAUAUUUUAAGCGGGGAGCUGUCUUAUCAACGAACAGUUACACUUCGGAAUGGAUAUAUGUCGUUAAAUCUGGAAGUUGUUCCGUUUUAAAAACAAUCGAAUCAGAGAGAAUGAAACCAUCCGAGGUUCUGAGAAGGACCAAGGAAGAACAAAUGUUUAAACUUCCAGACGUACACAAAUCACAACUGGUGGAAAAAAUGAAUGACAAAGAUGACGAUCACCUUAAAAAAUUAAGUAAGAAGGAAGAAGAAAGUAAAAACCAAGCGAAGGAUGUGAGCGUCUAUCAACAACUUGAAAUGAGUAGCAUUCUAAAACAACUGAACACCGAUGUACUCGGAAUGUCAUUCACUCCGCGUGCUGAUAUGAAUGAAACAGAUCGUCAGUCAGAUUUGAUGACUCUGACCACAAUCGCUCAUCAAGAAUCCGACAAAGAUGAAGAGAAGUUGGGACGGGGCGAGGAAUUCUCUAGUCAAGUCAAUUUUAGUUUAGAACGAAAUUCGGAUUUGCUAAGAACACCAAGUCCCAUGAAGACUGCCUACCUAAGGACUGGACAAUCUUCGAGGAGCAACAAUUCUGAGAAAGGAGAUAAUAAAGUCUCUGUGGUUGCGAUGGAUGGUGACGUCACACAGGUUGAGCAGUUACGCCAGGAACACGUUGUUGAGUUUACGGGGAAAGAUGACGUAUUUCAUCUUGUUAGUAGAACAACGACUGAGCAAGAGAUGAACAAAGUUCAACUGCCUCCUGUGGUGCACUUGAUCGUACGUAAACUUACCAAAGGCGGAAGUUUUGCUCUGGAGUCAAUAUUAUACACAGACCAGCCGCAGCUGUCACUCGUGAGCAACGGAGCGGAAUGUCUGAUGCUUAACAAGAAGUUAUUCCUGGAAAACUCGUCUGAGUACUGCUUGGACUGGUUGCGCCAAAAGGAAUACCCGUAUCCGACAGACGAGGAGCUAAAAGGACAAUAUUGGAGACUUCGGGCAUGGAAAGCUUACCAGACACGAUUGCUUAAACAAAUAUGCAAUGAAAUGCAAGGGUAACCCGGAUUAUAUAGUAUUCAACUAUUGCCAUUUCUUUGUAUUUAUUUGCAGUUGUUAUGUUUUCGUUUACCUGUGUUAAUUAAAAUCAGAUCCA